GUCCAGGCAUCCAACACUCAACAUGUUCAAGACUGUUCUCGUAGUUUGCGCUCAAGCGCUCUUCGUCCAGUCCAUUGCUGGACAGUGUCUUGGAGCUGGUUACGGUCCUCUCGCCGCUGAAAUUCCUCUGUCUGCUGCCAACUGGGCUGGUAUGUCUGCUGGUCCUUGCGGUUCUGCUGGUCUCUUUGACGGUUCUUGGUCUGCCGCCGGUGGUCCCUUCUAUGGUGCUGGUUACGGACCUGCUGCCGCUUCUGCCUCUCAUGGAGCUUUACCUGUAUCCAGUGCAUCCAUGAUCCCACCAAGUGGAGUGUCUGUACGAUCAGACAACGCCAUCGAAGGACCUCUCGCAGUCUCCGGUGCUCUACCAUUCCUGGGAACCGUAGCUUUGGAGGGCGCUCUGCCCACCGCUGGUGCUGGUGCUGUAGCUUACGGUGCCGGUAACGGAGAAGUCGCCAUGUUGUCUGAAGAUAUCGGCGCCGAUGGAUUCAACUCCCUGGCUGGUGGUCUUGGUUAUGGAGCUGGUGCUCUUGGUUAUGGAGCUGGUGCUCUUGGCUAUGGAGCUGGUGCCCUUGGCCUUGCAGCUGGUCCUUUAGGAUACAACGGCGCUUUAUCUGGCCUAGGAUAUGCACGAACUGGUUGCGGCUGUGGCUCACGACUCAUCUAAACAACAAAAGAUCAAAGCAAUAAAUGA